CACUCGGAGGUUCUGAGUUUCCAAAAGCACGUCAACGCGGCAUUACACACUGCACAAACGUUUUAUUAAUAUAAUGACUUCAAUUCUCUUCUACAGUCAUUUGCAGCUAUACCAAUGUGAUAUUUUGUUCGUUUUGACUCCAGAUCGGUUGAAUUAGAAAGGGACUCAUCGACUAAUGUACUGGUUUACUGAGCGCCAGGGAAAUACGCACGUUGCGUAAAUCACACAGCCAGACUUGAAACCAAAGGACGCAGAAUACAGGAUCCUGAUAAAGAAGUGAAAUGACCCGCGGGACAAGUUCAUUUGACAUCCUUCCUUCCUCCGGCGCCUCGGCUAACUCAAACUUGAAAGUCCAGUUCGUCAAGCAAGACCUCGUGAAAAUGCCUCAGGAGUUUGACAAUAAGCGUCUGGUGGUGGUGGUGCCCAACGAGAUGUUUGCCCCGUCGCGGAGGUCCUUCAGCAGUGAGGACGAGGAAUGGAAGACCAGCCUGGAGAACCCUCUGACUGCAGCCACCAAGGCCAUGAUGAGCAUCAAUGGAGACGAGGACAGUGCUGCCACUCUGGGACUGCUCUACGACCACUAUAAUUACUAUGAGAUCCCAAGAGACAAGCGACUGCUGCCCGGCUCUAAAGCACCAGAGACAUCAGCCUCUAACACCCAGAGGAACCUAGAGAACAUGGAGAAUCGCGUUCAAGUGCCAAAAUCUGAACCUGUCAACCUGUCUCUAAACAUCCAGCAGCUGGACUGUACAGACAGGCAAGGGUAUGGAGGGGCGCCUGGGGAGGCAGUGGGAGCUGUGGUGAAGACUGAGGACCAGACGUCUUGCUACGUGGCUCCUGGAGGUCCGGGGGCGCCUGGGGGGUCGUACAGGGGAGAAGGGGAGCGGCAGCAGGUCCGGGUGGUUUAUGAGCAGAUCAAUCCCCGUGACCAUGGUUCCCUGGUCAGCCAUGUUGACCAUGGUUCCCUGGUCAGCCAUGUCAGCCAUGUUGACCAUGGUUCCCUGGUCAGCCAUGUUGACCCUGGUUCCUUGGUCAGCCAUGUUGUGAGACACAGAGGCUACAUGAAGGAGGAACAGAGCAGGAAGUGUUCUCCAGACAGCACCGAUGACGCCUCCUACCCUGAGGAGCAGGAGAGAUACAGACCAUCACCUACUAUAGGAGGGGACGAAUCCCUCUACAGUCAGCCUGGAGCUGAUACUUUCCAGUGUUCUCUAGAGGCGCCCAGGUCUGUCAAUCAGAAGCAGAGGGAGGGGCCUAUGACCUACCUGAACAAGGGACAGUUCUACGCCUACCUGAACAAGGGACAGUUCUACGCCAUGACGCUGCGCGAGAUGGGCGGAGCCAACAAGGGCCGACGCAAUCCAUUCAGCAAAGUGCGGAGUGUGGUGAUGGUGACGUUCAGUGAUGAUAAGGACAGAGAUGAGCAGCUGAAACACUGGAAGUACUGGCACUCCAGACAACACACCGCCAAACAGAGGGUCCUCGACAUCGCCGACUACAAAGAGAGCUUCGACACCAUCGGGAACGUUGAGGAGAUUGCCUACAACGCCGUCUCCUUCACUUGGGACGUCAACGACGAGGCCAAGGUAUUCAUCACAGUGAACUGUCUGAGUACAGACUUCUCCUGCCAGAAGGGGGUGAAAGGCAUGCCUCUGAGGAUCCAGAUAGACACUUACAGCUAUAACCAUCGCUGCAACACACCCACACACAGAGCCUUCUCUGAGAUCAAGGUCUUCUGUGACAAGGGAGCAGAAAGGAAAAUCCGUGGCGAGGAGAGGAAGCAGAUCCGGAUGAAGCCCAAAGGGACGGCUGGGAGCCUGGCAGCGUUGGACAGGAAGUCAGAUACAAUGUUUUUCAAGUCCCUCUCUGACCUGGACACCCAGCCUGUCCUGUUCAUCCCAGACGUCAACUUCGGGCACCUGCAGAGGACUGGACAGGUCUUUGCCUUCAACACAGAGGAGAUGGAGAGGGAAGGGGGCGUCGCGAUGAAGAGGGUGGCACGGCCUGAUGAGGAGCACGUCUGUUCGCCUCCUCCUGCCAAACACUUCAAACCAGAAACCCGGAAGAGAGUCCUGCUGUAUGUGAGGAAGGAAUCAGAUGAGGUGUUUGAUGCUCUGAUGUUGAAGUCUCCCACUCUGAUGGCCUUGCUGGAAGCAAUCUCAGAGAAGUAUGGAGUACCCCGCGAGAAUACCAAGAUCUACCAGAACAACAGAGGGAUCCUGGUGAACAUGAAUGACAGUAUCAUAGACCACUAUUCCAACGAGGACACCUUCACCCUGUCCAUCGAGAGGUCAGCGGACUGCUUCCGGGUCACGCUGGCAGAGAUCUGACCCUUCGCGAGGGAGUAGGGGCCUCAUCUCAAACCACACUGGACGGCACCCACACCUCAGAGCCAAUGCUGGACGCCAAGGCUCCCGCUCCAGACGGUGGAUGGGAUACCUGCGUUGUUCAGUAGUUAAUCGGCUCAACCCCCCCCAAUAGCUCCCCCUGCUGGUGGAGACUGGGACUCCAGUGGGACAUUAGGGGCUCUGAUCUGCCUCUCUCUCUCUCUCCAGCAUGGUUCCAUUAGCUUCCUCCCAGUUAGUGCCUUCUGAACGUAAUCCUCACCCCCAACCUCCCAUCUCGCCUGGGCUCCUGACAUCUCUGUGACUGAGAGGAAAUGACAUCUCUGUGACUGAGAGGAAAUUACAUCUCUGUGACUGAGAGGAAAUGACAUCUCUUGUGACUGAGAGGAAAUGACAUCUCUGUGACUGAGAGGAAAUGACAUCUCUGUGACUGAGAGGAAAUGACAUCUCUUGUGACUGAGAGGAAAUGACAUCUCUUGUGACUGAGAGGAAAUGACAUCUCUGUGACCGAGAGGAAAUUACAUCUCUGUGACCGAGAGGAAAUUACAUCUCUGUGACCGAGAGGAAAUGACAUCUCUGUGACUGAGAGGAAAUUACAUCUCUGUGACUGAGAGGAAAUUACAUCUCUUGUGACUGAGAGGAAAUGACAUCUCUGUGACUGAGAGGAAAUGACAUCUCUGUGACCGAGAGGAAAUGACAUCUCUGUGACCGAGAGGAAAUGACAUCUCUGUGACCGAGAGGAAAUGACAUCUCUGUGACCGAGAGGAAAUGACAUCUCUUGUGACUGAGAGGAAAUGACAUCUCUUGUGACUGAGAGGAAAUGACAUCUCUUGUGACUGAGAGGAAAUGACAUCUCUUGUGACUGAGAGGAAAUGACAUCUCUGUGACUGAGAGGAAAUGACAUCUCUUGUGACUGAGAGGAAGUAACGCCGAACAAAACGCAGAGUCCCAAAUGGUACAGAGCCCAUUAAAGCUGAGGCUUCAAAGCCCUGCUGCUUUUAAAGUCCAGUCAACAACUGUUCUCGUAGAAGCACUCAACAAGACUGAUUCAUAUUGUUUUAUAGGAGAUUUUAUUGGAUAUUUUAUCAACGAUACAAAAACAUACAGAUACAAACGACGACGUAGUGACCUCUUAUCCCCCACCCCUAUAUCCCUCCUCCCCAGACCCACCCCUAUAUCCCUCCUCCCCACCCCUAUAUCCCUCCUC